AUGAUCAUUGAGAUCCCGGGCGAGAAGAGCGCGGAGAAGACGGACCAGCUUGCCGAUCGCCUGCGCGAGCUUUUCCCGAAUGGGGGAGAAGUCAAAAUAGCUUGCCUCACCAAGAUGACAGAGGUCCGCAUCAGCGGACUUGGUCACCCCGGCCGAGAUGGCGUCAGCAGUGGCCACAGCGGGAGAUUGCGACAUCUCCGCGAUCAAGGCUGGAGAGGUCCGACGCCACACGCCGAUAAGUAUGGGGACCGUGUGUCUAAUGUGCCCGGCCACAGCGAUGAAGAGAAUUACAGCCACGGGAAGGACACUCAUGGGUUGGGUAUCGGCGAGAGUAUAGGCGCUCAACAUCCGCCCUACAAUGCUUCCGAUGCAUGGAGGGCUACAUGGCACAACGCUCCCCAUCGGACACAGGCCGCAGCAGAAGUUGUUACAGACCUUGGCAGACCGGCGGUUCACUGGCUGGGUAGCAGGACCUGCAAACCACUAUCCAGGCCGAAGAGAAACGCGGCCAACGGCGGUGGAAGACCGAAGAAAGGACCGGAAGCAUCUCAACCGCUACCUGGCCCGAGCGGACACCAACAGCGGACCACUAGCAAGAAGAGUAGGGCGGAAGAUAAACAGCCCGCAGCGGAAGAAGAGGAAAGUGGCCGCGAAGAGGAAGUGGCCAUGGAGAUCGCGGAGUGA